CAUUUGUAGAGCGAAGAUAAAAGUGAUGAGAAGCUGUGAAUGUGGCAGCGGGCGCGUGUGAGUUGGUCGGCAGUGACGAGGCGUCCAGAAUCUUACCGACCGUCGAGCCGAGCGCAUCCCCCGACGCUCCCGACCUGCCCUCGGGUUUUAACCAUUUGGAAGGUGUUCGGGGCAGUUUAGAGUGGUGUGUGUGCGCCUGGAAUACCGUAGGAGGGUUGUGUAGUGCAUCUGCCGGGCUAGCCGAGGUGUGUGAGCCUGUACGGAGCCGCAACUUGGAACUUAUUGUUGUUAUUAGUUAAUGUGAGUCGGCCGCAGUGUUGCCACGUCGCCCACACCCCAGGAUAUAAUAUAUAUAAUGACGUCUACUUGUUUGGUGUAGUUGUAAGCCACAUGGAAUGCUGUUGUAGUGGUUAAAGUGAUGAGUCUAGUGAGUGUGUCAGUGCUUGGAUAACCAGUGUAGCAGUUGGAAGCCCCAGCAAGAUAUCACAAGGACCUCCCUCCUCCUCUCCCCCCCCCCAACCUCACGCCACUCCUUUGUCCCCGGCCAUAUUUAGGCUUGUGUAUGAGGUGGUGGUGAGGUUGUGAGGCUCCACCACUCCUGCCUGGAUUGCACGGACCAUAGCCACACGGCUGUUGGGACGAGCGUUCGUCGUCUGCUAAUUGAGUGCGCUGCCCCUUCCCCGACCGUCUCAGGACCCCGGUGAUGGGCGUAAGGGUGGUGGCGCGCGGGGGGGCGUGGGCGUGAUGGUGGGGAACCCGUAAUGCGCGAGUCACCCCUGGAGGGAGCCACCGCCCCCCGGAACAAGCAGGCGCCCUCCACCCUCAGCGGGGCGACUGCUGGCUCCGUGGGUGCCACCGCCCACCCACACCCCCACCACCGCCCCCACCACCACCCGCCCAAGCACCAGCACCACUACCACCACCACCACGCCAACAAGCACCAGCAGCCCCAGCCCAACUACCACACACCCAACAAAACACACAACGCUGCCUCGUUUCAGCAGAACAAACAGAAGAACGUUGCAUAUCAAGCAGGGAAGCAGCAGACUCAACAGCAGUACCAACACCAGCAGACCAACACCGCUACGCCCUCGCAACAGCAACCAAGAAGCCUAACAGGUCAACAAGUGCCACAGCAACAACAGCAGCAGUCAGCACAGCCACAGCCACAGCAGCAGCGCCUCCAGCAGCAGCAGCAGGGUGGAGCAGCAGCAGCAGGAGCAGGUCAGCCCCGCCAGCAAGCGCCCAACUUCGAGUAUGACGACCAGGAAUGGGACGUGGGCGUGGGCGACCUGAUCAUCGACCUGGACGCUGACAUCGCCCAGGCGGACCGUGGGAGGAUGAGCUCCGCCGCCCCGCCCCCCCAGCACCACCAUCACCACCAUCACCACCACCAUCACCACCACGCCAACGCUUCCUCCUCCAACACCGCCAUCGCCACCGGCCCACAGCAGCCACCUCAAGCGGGCGGCGGGCAGCUCCAGCAGCAGCAGCAGCAGCAGCAGCAACAACAACAACAACAGCAGCAGCAACAACAACAACAGCAACAACAACAGACCACGGAAGACAAACACAGCCUCAAGAUGAAGAUCAAGAGGACGAAGCCAACGACCAAGAACAGCGAAGCCAAGCACGAGAUUGUGAAGCCCGACAUGGGUCCAGGGCCCCCCCACCCCGCCCCCACCACCCCCCUCCAACACCACCACCAGCUCCUCCACCCACACCAACCCCUCCAACACCAGCCACAGCAACACCCUCAGCUGCAGCAGCAGCAGCAGCCGCCCCAGCAGCCGCCACAGCAGCAGCAGCCGCCACCACAGCAGCAGCCGCCGCCGCCACAGCAGCCACCACAGCUGCAGCAGACCUCCACCCCGCCACCCACGCACCACCACAACGGCGCCCACAUCAAGCUAGAGGGCGGAGAGCUCAAUGGGCGGCCCGCCCCGAGAUCACAAGCCCAUGUCCGUGCCGCCCACAAGAAAGACAAGCGUCGCCACGAUAUCAAUGGCACUACGUCGCCCCCUCCACAGGGCGCGGCGCCCCCGCGAGCGCUCACCACGCCCCCAGCAGCGGCAGGCGUGCCACCAGCGCCCGCAGUUAUGGUGGCCACCCCGGGUCCUGUUAUUGGGCCGGCCACCGUCGGACCGCCGGUGGGCGUGGUGGGGGUGCAGGGCGGCGUGGUGGGCGUGCAGGGCGGCGUGGUGGGCGUGCAGGGCGGCGUGGUGGGGGUACAGAGUGGCGUGGUGGGGGUGCAGGGCGGCGUGGUCGGGGUAUCAAGUGGAGUGGUGGGUGUGUCAGGCGGGGUGGCAUCACCUCCCGUGACAACAGUGAAGCUGGAGCCCCGCGCCCCCAGCUCCUCCCCCAGCAGGGCCACCACGCCCCUCACACACUACAACCUCAAGAGUGACACGCCGCCUCCACCCAAACGACCAAAAGCGGGUGAAGAAGGCGGGGCGUCGAGGCGAGACAUGUGUGUAGGAACAAGUGUGGCCACCAUCACCGACCCGGACUGUCUGGGCCCCUGUGAGCCGGGCACCUCGGUCAUGCUGGAGGGCAUUGUUUGGCACGAGACCCAGGGUGGUGUAUUGGUGGUGAAUGUUACUUGGCGCGGAAAGACCUACGUGGGAACGCUGCUCGACUGCACACGGCACGACUGGGCCCCACCCAGGUUCUGUGACUCGCCAACCAGUGAUAUAGAGUCUCGGACGCCCAAAGGUCGGGGCAAGAGGGGGCGGGCUGGCACUACGACUGCUGGUACACCCGGUAACGAUCUCAGUGUAGCAGAAACGCGCAGUGGCAAAUUACGUAAUGCCAAUGUGAAGGGGCGCAGAGGGAAUGUAACUCCUACUUUUAACCCUCCUCCUAGUCCAGUAAAAUCUGAACCUGGUGGGACCAAACGUAAGGUUCGGGAACCAGAGGUACCCGAAACAAAAAACUGGAAACGGUCACGUGCUUCUUCUCGUGGAACACCAACCAAUGGUGCAACCAGUCCUGGGCCAGAGCAGCCUUCUUCACCCCAGCUGAUUGAGUGCCCCGAGCCUAACUGUAACAAGAAGUACAAACACAUCAACGGGUUAAAAUAUCAUCAAAGUCAUGCCCACAACAGUGUCACGAAUGACGAUGAGACAACCAGUACGGAAGGAAGAGCAGAAAGUGAAGUGGAAGAAAGUCAACCAUCAUCUCCUACACCUGUAGCAGAGACUCCUGUGGACAAAUCUGCACAAGAUGUUCUUAAACCUUCAGUUCUUCGCUACACUGGUCCACCAGCAACACCAAGCCCUGGUCCAAGUGAAGAACUUUCCAAAGGGACCACACCACUUCCUACAAGUCAACCAAGUGUUAUUCAGACACGUGUACCACAACCUAACCAGGCCUUGUACAUGUACACGGGCUCUGGUGGUGUUGUAAGCCCUCAGCAUCCACAAGCGGGCUCCCCAGCUUUGGGUUUGUCACCUAUUCCUGGCAGCAUCCCACAAGUUAGACCCGGAUUAAUUCGGCCAGAAGUUCGUCCAGAGAUGAUGAUGAGAGUAGGAACCACAGGUCCAAGACCACCAGGGCCUCUUUCUACUGGUUUGUCGGUUACAUCAAGCAUACCCAUGACUCCUCAAGGCACCCAAUUGUCUAGCCUUCCUGGUAAUUCACCUGGUUUAUUAUCUGUAAAACAAUCACUCAUAGAACCAGAUAAAAGUAGGCCAAAAGAUUUAAUGAAUGGUUUAAUAAGUAAAGACACCAGAGAAGAAGAACAACCAACGAGAGAAGAUGCUAGAAGUCCCGCAUAUUCCGACAUAUCUGAUGCUAAUGAUACUGCUCCAGUUUUAGAUGGAGAUAGCGAUAAUAAAGAUAUGAGAGAUGAUAAAAAACCUGAAUUACCUCUAGGCGCACAGCCUUAUCCUCCCUAUGGAAUGUAUUAUCCCAGUCCGUAUGGACAGCCACCCCCCUUCCUUAUUCCUCCAAUACAACCUCCACCGUCAACCCCGCCUGGUAAGGAAGGGGAUGGUAAAGAUUCUAAGGAUAAAAGUGUUGAUAUUGAUAAAAGAGAUACUUUACCUCCUCCAGGCAAUAGCGAAUAUCUAAGUAAAAUUCCACAUCAAUAUCUAUAUGCAUCCCAUUACUUAUAUAAUCCAGGUUAUUCAGAUCCGUUUUUAAGAGAAGCGCAAAUGUAUAAGGAAGCCGAGGGUAAAGAAUUGGUUAGAGAAGGAGAUAAAGGUCCAACAGACUUAUCAAGAUCAGCACCUUGUUUACCAGGGUCAGUCUCAUCUGUCUUGCCUAAAGAUAAAAUAGGGAUGACAAAAGACAAGCAAACAGAAAAUCAUGCAUUAAUCAAAGAGGCACAUGAACUUAAGAGUCAACUAGCAAUAGAAAAAAGGUCAUUUGAGGAACCUCCAAUUGCAUAUAGGUAUCCAUUUGAUCAGCGCUUGCAACUACAAACACAACCUCAAGAGAAACUAGGGGAUAAAUCUAUGGGAAUACCAAAGCCUUCACCCCCAGCACCUCUUUCUAGUCCUCGGGUUGUGUCCACACCCCCUGCAGGCUCAAUAAACAACAAAGAUGACCGUGGUGAUAAAAAAUCUGAAAGCAAAAAUGAAGGAGUGAAACCAACCAUGGAAACAACUGGGCCUCCACCACCUCCAACAUCAACAGCAUAUUUUCCAACUUUUCCAUACAGUCCACUACCUUACGACCAUUAUCGACCCAUGGUUCCACAAAUGUCAUUGCCUGCGGGUUAUCCACCACCUCACUAUUUACCUCCUCCAGGGAUGGUGCCUAGGUUUUCCUUAAAUCCUGCAGUCAGUAAUACACCAGAGGAUUUGUCCCGAGGUGGAUCUAGUGCACCAUUGAUUCACCCUUCACAUCUAUACUCAAGUCAUAAAAUUCAUGAGCUUCAAGAGCGAGCUAGAAAGUCUCCUUUGUCUUCAGCGGCUUUGGGUAUGACACCGCCCAGCAUCUUAAGCACCCCUCAAAAGGUGGGUUCUCCAAUGGCUAGCAAAGAUGGAUCACCACUGACACCCGUCACUUCCUCUUCUGUCUCCGGCUCCAUACCUACUUCUUCCUCAUCUUUGGCCCACGGAGGGAGUGGGUCUGUGGGAGGAGGGGUAGAGGGGCGGUCACCCCCCACAGCGCGUCCCCCCACACACCACCUGCAUGAAGGCUUCUCUCCCUACUCUCUGAUCCCCACUCAGUAUCAUUAUGCAGCACUGGGAGUGGGGCAGACAGCAGUGGCGGCGGGAGCGCCCUCAGGUCUAGCACCGGCUCCACCGGCCAAAUGAGGUGCAACAAUCUCAACCGCAGAUGACCCUGUGGCUGGACCACCCGGGCACACUAGUGGAGAGAUUGCAACAACUGAUACCCAAUUUCCAUUGGGUUUAAAUGAAGAACAUUUCAAGUGGAGCUGAUACACGUGAAGACAUACAGUAUUAUUAAUUGUGAAAGCAGAAUACUGUAUUUGUGGAUUUUGGUUCUUUGUGUUACCUGUGGAUUGUAAAUGCAUUGCAGUCCCCUGGAAUAAACCAAGAAAAUAUCUUCUUUUAGAAGAGGAAAGGGUAUUUUAUGUGUGGUACAAACCUGCCAGGCUGUUGGAAGGGAGGAGCAAGAAGUACAAAAAACAGAAAGUGGUGUUUUGGUGUAUAUGGAGAAAAACACUAAAUGGAUUAUUUAUAAUUGGUAGAAUAAUCAAUAUAAAAUCUAGCAUAAAAGUUUUUCUACAAAAAAUGAACAUUAAGUUUUUGAUUAAAUAAAUUAUAGAUUUUUGUUAUGAGCUUAAAAGCUCAACAAAAUGUUUAAAUAAAAAUGCAGUGGUAAAGUUUGUGUUUACCACUGUGUGUGUGGAGUUACUUGUCAACAGUGAAGUGCUUGGCUGCAUAUGUGCUAGAUUGGAAUGAUGUUUGUAGUGAUUGGAAAAGACUUAUGCAAAUUUGACUGCUGAAAUUCCAAUUAUGAAUCUGAAAAUCUAUCAGAAUCAUAAGGUGGUGUGGGUUUGCCUCAUGUGAUAAUAUUUAAAUAGAGACGAGCAUGAAACUUGGGCACUACUGGACUGGCAUCGUGCUGGUGACGUCAAGGAACUCUGUUGAUUAUCUUAUUUUUAUAGAUAAUUGGUAACAAAUUGGUGUCUUUCAUUAUGGAAGUAAUCAGAAAUUAUUGCAACAUACUGAGUGGUUUGCAUAGGCGAGUUAUUGGUAUGCAGAGUGCUGACAUACCUCCUAUAAGUGUUCACACCAAUAGCCUUCUUGCGAAAAACAAGUGUCGUGCUGUUACGCUCAGGUAUGAUAGAAAAGUUUAUGCCGAAGAUUUAACACGGGCUUAUGGAAGGUGAAACAAAAAAAUGAAUACCUGAAAGUAUCACAUCUUUCUUGUAUUCCUCAAGAAUGGAACACUGGAGCUGAAUGAUGGUUUGCAAUGCCUUGUGUUUGUGGCAACAUAUAAAAGUUCUGGAUUGUAUUAAUUAUAGGACAUGCCUGCAUGAGUUAUGUACUUCAGGUACAUAAGUACAUUUAGGAUGUCUUCACAUUUAAUGGGUAUUUAUUUAUUUUCUUUUAGAUGACCAGGACUGAAGUAUGGUCCACAAGCAUUAAAGCAGAGCAUACGGUGGUGUUGGGUGUGGGUUGAGGUUACAUUACCUAGAGCACUGUAGGUGAGUUUUGUGGUGAGCUUAGAUUCGCCCGUGUGUAGUCGGUCUGUGUGCUGUGUUCAUUAUCAUCACUUUCAUCAUCAUUUGUAUAUGUGUUCAUACUGUGAUCACGAUGCUGUGGAGUCCAUGUUAUUAUACUUUGUUGUCCUGGCCAGCCUGUGAUAGGGUCAGCAAACUCAGGUGUGAAGAAAUGGCUGUUCGUUUGUCUGAGGACCUUAGAUCUAGCAGAUGGCCGGGCAGCCAUUUUACUAUAUGGAUGUCAUUUCAAAUUAUGUUAAAGGUAUAAAACUUUAUAUUUCCUUUGGGGAAUUCAUAAAAAUGUAGCUAGGAUACAUGUGAAUCACUUGAAAAAUUAUUCAUGAGGAAGGUCCAUUGGAAUUCUGAAAAAUACAAAGCUAUUACAUAUUCUAGUGUGAGGUAAUGUCAUUUAUGAAACUUGAGAUAAUAAGUGGUCCAUGUAAAGGAAGUUGUCACAAUAGGUGUCAUUCCAUUCUGGUGAUCAUUCCAUAACUUGGGUGUCGUCAGGCUCACCAGCCUCCGGUGUUCUGCAACUUUGUUAUCCGGCAUUAGGCUAUAAUGCUAUAUUCCAUCAGGGCAACAAGGGCCCCUAUCUUAUUUAGAAAGAUGACGCUUACGGCCAGUUGUUACCGAAAAUUUACAAAUGAACUGUAUAAACUGUGGUAGUGGAUUAAAUGUUACAAAUUAUAUCUUUGACUGGAACAAGUAGCUUCACUAGGGAUUCAGUUCAGCUUCAUAUUAACAUGUUAAAUAUUAUUAUAGUUGUUUCAGGAUAUUCUAAAAUCAAUUUUUCAUCUUGCUGAUAUUUCAUUUGGAAGAAUGAGUGGUUCUAAUUAAGUCACUUAUUAUAUGUUUCUCUUGUUACAGGGAAGGUAAAUUGGUUCACCGAGUGUUUACAUAUGCUCGGCGCCAUUUUGAAUAAGAUUUAUUGUAAUACGAGGCAAACAUUACAAAUAUUUAUUUUCUUGUAAAAGUUAUCAUGAUCUAUAUUUGGUAUAUUAUCAAAUAUUAAACAUCCUCUAAUGAUUCAUAGAUAACUGCAUUACAGAAGAUCUAACAGUAAUAACUACAUAAACAUUUUGUAAGUGUUGUUGUGUUUGUUGUGCAAACAUUCUGGAUGUUAGUGUUGCUUGGCUUCUACCAGUUAUUUUCACCUUUCAAUUGAGUGCCAAAUUUCAUGUUUGUUUUACUUUUGUAAUACAAAUGUGUCACGACAUUUAUCCUGGAAAGAUGUGGAUGGAACAGGAUGUUUUCAAGCAAUUUGAUCAUUAUUUAGAAUUCACUUAAUAUUUAAACUAGAUUCAAAUGGUUGAUAAAACAAAUGAUGAUUUUCAAUAAAAAUAUGGUUUUGAACUAUAUUUAUCGUAUAUUUAAUGAAUUAUUAAGAUUAAAGGUAAAAAUUCUUCAAAAGUGAAAAAAUUGAGACAAUUUAAUUAUAUUUUUGAACUAUAUUUGGUAUACUGUAACUGAAUGUAAGUUCACACUUAAAUACGAGUUAAGAUAAGAAAUAGUUGAUCACUUGUAAAUCUCUCAAUUGAUGUUAAAUUACUGAGGAAGUUUAGCUGUUGUAACGCAACAUUUAAACAUCUUAUAUAUUCCGUUGCAUUGCACAGUGAACUAUACAACAAAACUUUUGGAUCAAUGUCAUGUCCAGUUAUUUUUUAAUCUUUUUACAGACUUGAAUCUUCCUUUUCAGUAGGAACGAUAAGAGGAAAACUUUUAACCAAAUUCUACCAUAAAAAAAAAAAAAAUGCUUAUAGGCCAUUACAGUUGACCUGAAAAUUGUAACUUGAAGACCAGGUAGCUAGUUUCUCAUCCUGUCAUUAUUUGUUGGUGUUAAAGCUGUAAACAAUAUUCUUCUCAGUGUUGAGGAGUGUUGUUGAAUGAGGUGAUAAUUGAACGUUCAUGAAGAGAUCUUGACAGUUUCCUCGGAUACAUUGUGCACAUGAUUUAUGUAAGCAAAAACUUCUUCUUCACUUUCAACUCUGUUUAGUUUUAACAUUUUCCCAUGCAACAAGUGUAUGAGCCAGUGCACCAGGUGUGUGAGUGAGUGCACCAGGUGUAUGAGUGAGUGCAACAAAUGUAUGAGUACACCAGGUGUGUAAGUGAGUGCACCAGGUGUAUGAGUGAGUGCAACAAGUGUAUGAGUGAGUGCACAAGGUGUAUCCGGCUGGGGGAGCUGGUUGGCCGAGUGGAAAGCACGCUGGACUUGUGAUCCUGUGGUCCCGGGUUCGAUCCCGGGCGCCGGCGAGAAACAACGGGCAUAGUUUUUCACCCUGAUGCCUCUGUUACCUAGCAGUAAAAUAGGUACCUGGGUGUUAGUCAGCUGUCACGGGCUGUUUCCUGGGGGUGGAGGCCUGAUCGAGGACCGGGCCGCGGGGACACUAAAGCCCCGAAAUCAUCUCAAGAUAACCUCAAGGUAUGAGCGAGUGCACCAAUUGUGUGAGCGAGUGCACCGGGUGGAUGAGCGAGUGCACCAGGUGUGUGAGUGAGUGCACCGGGUGGAUGAGCGAGUGCACCAGGUGUGUGAGUGCACCGGGUGGAUGAGUGAGUGCACCGGGUGGAUGAGUGAGUGCACCAGGUGUGUGAGUGAGUGCACCAGGUGUGUGAGUGAGUGCACCAGGUGUGUGAGUGAGUGCACCAGGUGUGUGAGUGAGUGCAUCAGGUGUGUGAGUGAGUGCAUCAGGUGUGUGAGUGAGUGCAUCAGGUGUGUGAGUGAGUGCAUCAGGUGUGUGAGUGAGUGCAUCAGGUGUAUGAUUGCACCGGGUGGAUGAGCGAGUGCACCAGGUGUAUGAGUGAGUGCACCUAGUGUAUGAGCGAGCGCACCGAGCGGAUGAGUGAGCGCACCGAGUGGAUGAGCGAGCACACCGAGCGGAUGAGUGUGAAUUGACGUGUUGCAGCAAGUGAGAGUUGGCGGGUGUGUGGCACAACAUAACAAUAAUCAAGAAGUGGUCCACGGGUGUAUGAAUGAGAUGCGUGGAACACGUUCCUCAUCACCGCACGUUCUCAUAUAACCAGCUGCGUAGGCCAUUGUUUACUCAAUUGUUCACCAAUACCGAUCAUAAAAUUAUUUGUGAUGAGCAAGCUAAACUACGUACAAAUGUUUUACCCCAUAUAAAUAAAUAAUUAUAAGCUUCAGUUGUCUUGAAGCAUAUUUAGGGUUUGAUAAAGAAAAGUAUUGCUUUGAAUUAAAUAUUAUGAAAGUUCCUUUAUUGUAAAUUCAAUUUUUUGCAACUUUUAGUUUUUAGUAUUUAUUGAAUUUGGGGCAGGGAGUGGGAUGGGGGAGGGAGAUGUUUUACCCUUAACUGCUGUGCAUAUCUAAGUUGCUUACACUUUUCACCAAAGGUGUUUUUGAUUUUAACACAAGGAACUUAUUUAUCACCAUUUCUAAACUGAUAAAAUUGUCACAUUAUUUGUUUAUGAUAACCAGCUGGUAAUUGAGUAUUAAGUAAACAAUAAGGAUUAUGAUAACAUAUCCAAUGAUGUGCAAUUUUUGUAACAAAAAUCCGUGCCAGCUGGUGAGGCAAGAGAUGAGAGGGGUGCUAUGCAUCACAUUAAAAUUUUAUAUAAUAGCCUAUAAACGUUGAAAGGAUUCAUUCAUAAAUGGAUCCGAGAGAGAGAGAGAGAGAGAGAGACUUGAGCAUGCCUUGGUGAUCAGGGAGUGGCCAGGCUUGGAUGAGUGUAUUGUGCUAUCCCCAAUUAAUAUGUAGGGGCCAAAGGUGUUGCAUCACCUGUGAUUGCUCAGUUAAUGCCCAAGGUAUGUGUUAAUCGUGAUUGGUCAUGUGACCCUUAAAUAUCUUAGAACUAGCUGUGAUUGUCUAAUUAAAACACUUAAGUAUCUUGGUAUUUACAUACAAAAAUCUUGUGGCCAUGAAUGUAAAGUUUCAUGGGCCUUGUGUGACCCCACCGCCCUCAUCUGACCCAGCCUGGGGAAGGCACUUUUACAAUGGUAACUUAGGAGAGAUUUGUCAUUAAGAAAUUAAUGAAUGCGUGAUAGGAUUUCAUAUUACUGUACAAAUGUUGGAAGGAACACAUUGUUGCUCCAGUGUACAUUUUGAUUUGGCUUCUUACAGAAUAAAAUACUUUUAUUGUA